UGUGACGUGUGAUUCCAGUUUCAGCUGGAGCGUCGGCGACAGUCAGCUGACCCGAUAUUUGACAUUUUAACAUCUAGCGACUGCAGCAAAGACCCGAUCAUUUUGAAUUUAAAAAGCAGGGAGAGAAAAAAAAAAAAUAUUUAAAACGAUUCAAACACCUCACUAAUAGGCGAGGAAGAUAACCUUUAGCAACUGCAAUAUAUUCAGAUAAUUUCGCUUUUUAACUUUUAUCUUAGUACAGUCCUCUGUUCGCCGCAGCCAUGGCACUCAGCGAUGCAGAUGUGCAGAAACAGAUCAAACACAUGAUGGCCUUCAUUGAGCAGGAGGCCAAUGAGAAGGCUGAGGAAAUUGAUGCAAAGGCAGAAGAAGAGUUUAACAUUGAGAAGGGUCGUCUUGUACAAACUCAGAGAUUGAAGAUUAUGGAGUACUAUGAAAAAAAAGAGAAGCAGAUCGAACAGCAAAAGAAAAUUCAAAUGUCCAACUUGAUGAACCAGGCCAGGUUGAAAGUCCUCAAGGCCAGAGAUGACUUGAUUUCGGAUCUGCUGAACGAAGCCAGACAGAGGCUGGGGAAGAUUGCGAAGGAUCCGGUCAGGUACGCCACCUUGCUGGAAGGACUAGUGCUGCAGGGAUUUUAUCAGCUACUGGAGCCCUCUGUGAUUAUUCGUUGCCGUAAACAGGAUCUUCCUAUGGUGAAGGCUGCUGUACAGAAGAACAUUCCCAUCUUCAAGGCAGGUGUGAAGAACGAUAUUAAUGUUCGCGUCGACCAGGAUAACUUCCUGCCACCAGAAAUAUCUGGAGGUGUGGAAAUCUAUAACGCUAAUGGAAAAAUCAAAGUGGCCAACACCUUGGAAAGCAGACUGGAUCUUAUGGCACAACAGAUGAUGCCAGAAAUCCGAGUAGCUCUCUUUGGUGCAAACCCAAACAGGAAAUUCAUAGAUUAGUGCACUCUGCCGCACCCAUUGCAUCCCAGAUGAGCAUGGUUUUAAACAGGAAACAAAAAAGAACAUGUGACAUUUAUAUAAAUAUAUUUAAAGAUUCCAUUCUGUGUCUGUACUGUAAAACAUUGUAUGUUAAGUGGAUAAACUGAGUUUGUGUUGUUGUAUAGCCCUGUGUUGUAUUUGUUAGAGGUUAAAAAAAAAAAAGUCAUGCAUCAAUAUAACUGCAAUAUUGUUAUUUUCCACCAGGAGGUGAUAUUGUGUGGCUUGAGUGGUUCAAAUAGAAGUACAGAACGGGUAUGAGCAAUCUACCAAAAGCCCUUGCUGUGAAUCUGUUAUCACAUGCUUACUGUACAGUAUGUCUAUACAUCAUCCAUAUCAGACUAGUUAUCUUCUGUCUCGUCACUAUCUUUAUGCAGAACAACCCUCCUUCCUGAGCCUUGCAGUUUUCCUUUUGUGGUGCGACUGGUAGAUCUGUUUGUGUGUUUUAGAUUAAAGACAGACAAUAAAAAAGGCAUCCUUGUCUUAAUGAUAAUGCAAGCCUCCAGUGUUAAGUGAUUGUUGAGAUUUAUGACGUUGGUAUCAUUUCAUCUACUGUAUAUGUGGUUUAAAAAAAUAAAGAUGCUUGGCCAUCUUAAACCUCA